GGUUGGAGGACGCACUCACUGCCCACCUUCUUCCAGCAGCGGAGGCCCCCCCACCUCAUUUCGGGCUUCAUUUAAAAUGAAAAACAGCGGUGGUGGUGGGGGGGGGGAGACGACCGGCAUGCCUUAUUCUAGCGUCAAAAUGGCCCGCAUUGGUGUGAUGGGCGCCGCUAUCGCUAGAUCAUAAAGGCGGAACCUCUUCAAGCCCUGCGGUUCCCAAUCACUGCAGGCUGCCUGCCCGUCAUUUUUUAGCCGAGAAAGGGAAGGCGUCGCCGGGGGUCAACAUUCGAGUAGCCGCGGUGCCGUCUGUUCGUAUAGCUUUUUUUUUUUUUUUUUUUCUCCCCGGGCGUUAGCCUGAUAGCAUACGCUCUACCGCGUCGGUUUGCUGGCUGCUCGAUAUACGUGAUACCGCGGCUGUCCUCUCAGAGACACAAUUGACAUUUAUUUUUAUUUUUUUCCCACAAGAAACAGGCCAGUUGCGCAUCUCGCGGAGGAGCCUCCCGCCCCCUUACUCGUCCUCUCCCGUGUCCCUACCGGAGAAGACCGGGGACAACUUGGCAGCGAGGCCCCGAGCUACUCUUUCCCUCCCCUCUCCUCCUCCUUCUCUGGCCCGGUCGGGUCCCGACAAGACCACCACCAAGCGACCCGCCCUCCACGUCCACGCGAGGGCCGCAGCUGAUACAUAUAUAUUUUUAAUUAUUAGUAUUCGCUGGGAAGAACGCCGCGUGUUUUUGGGGUCCUAGCGAGGCUGGACAAACACAGCGAAGGGGAUGACUCUGGAGUCCAUGAUGGCUUGUUGCCUGAGCGAGGAGGCGAAGGAGUCGAAGCGAAUCAAUGCCGAAAUUGACAAGCAACUUCGCCGAGACAAGCGAGAUUCCAGGCGGGAGCUGAAAUUACUUCUUCUCGGCACAGGAGAAAGCGGCAAGAGCACCUUCAUCAAGCAGAUGAGGAUUAUCCACGGCGCCGGUUAUUCCGACGAGGACAAGAGAGGCUUCGUCCGGCUGGUUUACCAAAACAUCUUCACCUCCAUGCAGGCCAUGAUCCGAGCCACAGAGAACCUAAAGAUCCCCUACAAAUACGAACAGAAUCGGUCUAACGCCAUGCUGGUAAAAGAAGUGGACAUUGAGAAGAUUAACGGCUUUGACCAGCCCUACAUCGCAGCCAUCAAAUGCUUGUGGUCUGACCCGGGGAUCCAGGAGGCUUACGACCGCCGCCGAGAGUACCAGCUCUCUGAUUCCACUAAAUACUAUCUUUCCGAUCUGGAUCGCAUUGCAGAUCCCAGCUAUCUUCCCACUCAGCAGGAUGUGCUCAGGGUGCGCAUUCCCACCACGGGCAUCAUAGAGUACCCGUUCGACUUGCAGAGCAUCAUUUUCAGGAUGGUGGAUGUGGGCGGUCAGCGGUCAGAGAGGAGGAAGUGGAUCCACUGCUUCGAGAACGUCACUUCCAUCAUGUUCCUGGUGGCACUGAGCGAAUACGACCAAGUCCUUGUGGAGUCCGACAACGAGAACCGCAUGGAGGAGAGUAAAGCUCUGUUUAGGACUAUCAUUACCUACCCCUGGUUUCAAAACUCCUCAGUCAUCCUCUUCCUCAACAAGAAGGAUCUGUUAGAGGAGAAGAUCUCCUACUCACACUUGGUGGACUAUUUCCCAGAGUUUGAUGGUCCACAGAGGGAUGCGCAGGCAGCGCGGGAGUUCAUCCUCAAGAUGUUUGUGGACUUAAACCCAGACAGCGACAAGAUCAUCUACUCCCACUUCACGUGCGCCACGGACACUGAGAACAUCCGUUUUGUGUUCGCCGCCGUCAAGGACACCAUCCUACAGCUCAACCUCAAAGAGUACAACCUGGUUUGAGCCCUCUCGAGCCCUUCUCUCUCUCUCUCCUUUUGCACAACCUCCUUUUGCGAGUGCACUCUACUUUUAACGCAACACACACGCACGCACAUACAUACACACGCACAUGCACGCACACACACACACACACACACCUGUUUUUGUCCAGCACGUUCAAAGAUCCCCUGCAAAAACAAAACAAAACAAAAAAACACCUUGCGCUUCUUCCUGGUUUACUGGCCAGCUUGUGUCAGAGAAAACAGCUGCCUCGAUGGGCCUGGCACACCUGACUCUGAGACAGUGACCGGAAGGGACGCCGGGAGACGAAUGCCACCACGGGAUUUGGUCUCCACCUCCACAUCGAUGAAUGUACCCACCAGUGUGUGAGAUGUGCAAUUGUGCAGAAAAAUGACAACAAAAAAAGGAAAGAAAACCUCUUAAGUGUAGCUAUAUUGUAUUAGGGGUGUCGAACUCAUUGUCGUUCAGGGGGGCACAUACAGCCAAAUUUGAUGUCAGGGGCAUUAAACUAACAAAGUCAUAGCAUAAUUAAUAUUAAGAACAACCUCAGAUUUCAGUUUUUUUUUUUUUUUUUUGCAUCAUAACUAAUUGCAAUGAUUUUAUAUAAAGGCACAAAACUUUAAGUCAUAGCUGUUUGGAACUGAAAAAAUAUCGUAUUGCAAUUUAAAAUUAAAUUAACAAAGAUCUAGGAAUUAUUUUAACCUCAUUUUCUACAUGAGCAUUUUUUUUUCUCUCUCUUUGAUUUUUAAUUUCACCCUGUGGGCCAGAUUACAUUUCCUAUUAGACAGGUUUUUGGGCCGAUGUUUGACACCCCUGGUAUAUUUAAAGACAUCUAAGACAAACAGCAUGAGAGGGCAAGAAAUAUGUCCAAAUUUUGUUGAUUGUUGAUGUUUUAAAUGUUUUUUUUAACGUAAUUUGUCGUGACUACAAUUUAGCGAAUCACAGCCUAAAAGGAAUACGAACAUGUAAUUUAAGAAUGUCAUUAAUGACAAGAAAAUCAAUUUGAGAGAGGUAUCUUUUUGGACAUUUUGUGCAUUUUUAUUUUGAUUUAAUUUAGUUCCCCCCCACAUGCCUUUUCACUCCACACGGUCCAAUCAGACACUUCCUGACGCUGUCGCGCACUCGUUAUUUUAUAUUAGGAUGGGCUUCUGUUUACUUUUUGUUUUUUACUGUAUAGCCAAUUUGUUUUAAAACUAGACAAAUAGAACGAUUGCUGCUUUUGAGUGGUAAGAGGGACAAGGAGCGGGUGACAAACCAUCUUUGACAUCUGAAAAUAAGUGUGUUGUUUGUGUAUAUUUGUUUGUAAAUACAUAUACACGACAGCAGUGUACAAAAAUGCUCUGUGGUACACCGUCUUUGGCAUAAAAUCAACAACGAUGACAAAAAACAAAAAAAGGUUAGUGUCUUUGGUGAGCACAGCCCCCCCCCCCCCCCCCCCAUGAAUAGUAUUGAUACUGUGAUAUUGUAUUUUGUUGAUUAUAAAAGCAGACGUCACAGAGCCGAGUGGUCAAUUAGCAGUCUAUAUAUAAUAUGGUGAUGAUUUUAAUGAAUUUUUUUUUUAUUUAUCUAAUUUAUGGACCAGGUUUGAAGGUGUUGAUAAUUCUGCCUGCUCUUUUUCAGUGUUUAAUAAGGCACUCUGUUUCUACUCAUGACAGAGUCCUACUUGAGUCUGAACUGCUGUAGAAAAGAAAAACAAGGAAUGUCUGGUAUCGUAAGGAUUAAGUGUCUCUGCUUUCUAUUUGGCGACGAUUUCCGUUAGUCGCCACCAACCAUUUUCUCUAAGGAGCCCUUACAUUAGUUUUAUUUUCAAAAAGAAAGCAGCUAAAAGUGUAUUACCUUUAGGUUAUAAAUGCAUAUAGAGACAGCGCUGUAAUGCUUACCUACCUAGAAAAUGUACAUUACAAAAGUGUUUUGGGUUUCUUGGCUCUGUAUUUUAUUAUAUUUUUUUAUUAUUACUUUUUUUUGCAUGUUUCCAGGCUUGCUUUAGUAGUGCCAGUGAUGUACCUAUGAACCUUUUCAGUCUUUUUCAUGUGACUUAUCAUUCUCUCAUCCUCAUUAAGGGCUAUCACAGUGGGGGGAGAACAGUAAUACAUGCAGAAAUUGAGAUGUUUAGUAUGAGUUGAGGCAAACCCAAAAGGUGUUUAUUAUUCCCCUCCGCCCCGAAGUAAGGAUAUUUUUGGUCUUUUGCAGUGUUAGCCACAACUAGUAACCCCAUGCAGUACAUUUAUGUAUUACAAAACACACACUACAGCCGCAUUAAGUAUUUGCAUGUUAGCUAAUUGCCAAAAAGCUGUGCAGGUUAUAUCAGAAUCUUUUUUAAAAACACAACUGAAAGGUAUUUUUUGUGUGGUUAUAACUGUUGGGAAAUUUAUCGAAGUAUUCGACUUACUGCUUCUCAUUAAUUGUGUGUGUGUGUGUUAACAGUUCUCAUGAUGAUUUUAUUUUUAAGCUCUCCUUAGCUUUUCUCUAUUUUAUUUUAGCCACUCAUUUCAAUUCAAUGGCAGGAAACUAAUUGAGAUCUGGGGUUUGUGUGUGUGUGUGUGUGUGUGUGUGUGUGUGUGUGUGUGUAUAUUUUGUUUUAUUUUCCCCUCUGAAUAACUUAAAUGCACCAUCGUAACCGUAGAAUUUACUGGUCUCUUGUCCUCACUUUACCUUAAGAUCUACUAGUUGUGGGCAACUUGCGGCCUGUGGGCCAUAUACAGCCUAUCGGUAUGUAUAUGUGGUUCGCUGUGAAUUUCUAAAAAAAAAAAAAUCCACACACACGCAAAUGUUCAUAAUAUACAAUUUAUUUUUCAAUGAUGGCCCUCGAAUUAUUAUGGUCCUUACAACUGUCAUAAUUUGGUGCAAUUUAUAACUGUUAUAUUGGGGGGGGGAGUCUUCCAUAAUAGGAAGUCCAUUGAGUUCCUACUACUAAGUUUUUGCUCUUUCAUGUUUAAUGUAAACGACGUGGAACCAAAGGCUGUGUGUUUGUGUAUGUGUGUGUGUGUGUAUAUAUAUAUAUAUAUUUUUUUUUUGUUCCGCAGAGCAAAAACAUGCACAUGCGGCAAAGACUCUGGAACUUCCCCUAACGACUCGCGCUAAAAUUAGCUCCUCCCCGACAUAUGUUAAGUGAGCAAACGAUGUUUAACUGUUAGUUGCGUGUCGAGUGCAAAAAAACAUUUGACAACUUUUUGUUUUGCUAGUUUGUGUUGCACAGUGGAAAUUUGGCACAUUUUAAAUUUAUACAGUAUAGUACAUUACAUUUUAAAUUAAUACAGUGUGUAUAUAUACACACACAGACACACAGUGUAUGAGCAGGAAAUUGGGAUGGUUUUUGCAUGACGCUUCAGUCUUUCAUUUUAUUUUCCUCACUACAACUAUUUUCUUAUUUGUUGCCUUGAUGCUCUUAUUUCUCUGUACGUUCAAAAAAUUACCAGAACGCUAUUGUUCAUAUGGGUUUAGGAACACUUUCCCUCCUUGCUCCCUCUUAAAAAGAUCAAAUGUCGAGUGGUGUUUUUUUGUGUUUUUUAAUUGUAAAUCCAAUGUAAACAAAAAAAAUCGGUUGUAUGAUGCGAGCCUGCCAGGCUGCGUCUUCAAGUGCCAACACACCACCGCCAACCUGAGAUGCCCCAUACCCGCAUGCGCUCCACCCCGCUCUUUUGAAAUGAGACUAAAAAGAUAGAUGAUUAAGUGGGUAUGUCUAAGAACAUUUCAAAGGAUAAUUUGCUGUUUCUUUGUUUUGUUUUUUAAACUAUAAUUAUUGCAUGUACUGUUUCUUUUACAAGCGAGUGGCUUUGGAUGUAUUGACUGAAGCCCUUUGGCUCCAGUUGGCCGGAUAUCGAUAUACACAUAACUCUUUGCCAUAUUUUUUAUGUUUUUGUGUGUUUAUGUUGCUUUUCUUGACCACUGUUGCCUGAUCCUCAUUCGAACAUGACGUAUGAUCAUUAUCGCCGCCGCCUUCUAAAGAGAGAAACAUAAUGACAAGGUUAUCUGUUUUAAGCAUUGAAAUAAAU